CUGUCAGUCUGUCAUUGGCUUUUUCCUCUCUAUUGACAUUACAAGUCUCUACCUCUUUAAAUCUGUAAUCUCAGGCACACAGUUUUCAGCUCACUGAUGCUUUGUACAUUAUUGAAAAUGAAAAAACACCUGAUCAUUUUUGUUUUCUCUAUCUGUUUGGUGCCCUCAACACCAAAGGAGAAUUCAAAAAUUACCACCACGCCCAAGAUUAUUGUGAACGGUGAAAUAUUUUUAUCCAGUCUUGGGAAGAUUUCAAAACCAACUCCAGCUACAAAUCAAAUAAACUCAAAUAUUUCGGGAUCUUUGAAUAUGACUAACCAUGAACAGACGAUCAACCAAACAUUCAUCAAUAAUACGUUUUUAGAAAGGAAAAAUGAGACGGAUCACACAGAGACACAAUUGCCACAAAUUGAAAUCAAAGGUCAAGGGUUUGCAUAGCCCUAACGAAAAAUCACUGAAAUGUUAAAGGACAAUUGAUGCAGCAGGAAAACAAGCUGUUCAACAAUAAUCACACAAGUAAAAAAAGACAUCCACUUUUUGACCCAUAUAUCAGGUUAAAGUAUUUGAUUUGGGUUGAAUUACUAAUAAUCUGUCAUAUUUACCAGUAAAAAAAUAAUAUGUAAACAUUGUAUGCGGUUGUAAGUUUUUGAGAAGCAAAACAACAUUGUAAUGUACUAGUUUUUGUUUCAUGUGUAAAAUCCCUGUAAUUUCAGUGAUUUUGGACAUUAAGGGGAACAUUUUUUUUCAGUAUUUUAUUGUUACCAUACAGUACAACCAUAGACUUCAUAUACCCACCACCUCAGUUUAAAACUAAUGGCUUUUUGGAAUGACAUUAAGUGGGACCUAUUAUAGUAUGUUUAAUUGCAUUUCUUUUCACAUGUGCAGUUUGUUUUUCAAAUGAAAUAAAAUUCAUAUAAUAAUUUCUGAACAUAGCAUUGGAUUUGUUUUUAAAAAAUUAGUUUUUGACUUGAAACAGUUGCAUAUUAAUCUUAAACUUAGUUUAUCCUACCUAUUUAGUUUUUUUUCGGGGAGUGUUAGAGUGGGAUUCUGUUAGGUGGUCCUCAGAAAAAAAUUGGAAGAUAAAGUGGUCCUUGGGCUGAAAAAGUUUUAGAAGCACUACUUUAGAGUGUAUAUACAAAAAACCAAGGCCAGAGGUUAUGAAGGGUGUAACAGCAAAACCACAAGGCAUUAGUACAUUUCACAUUUUGGCAUAUUUGCCAAAUAUAAAUGACCAAACAUUAAAAAAUAUAGUAAAACAGGAUUUGCAUUCUGAAUGGCCUGUAUGGUCAUGGUUAAGAUAGGAUAACCAAACCAAUUCAGCAAAUACAUUUCAGGGAUUAUUUAAAUAUGCCCCUAAUCUAAUUUGACCGGAGACAGAGAAGACUAGUGAUUGUUUGCCUAUAUAUCCAAACAGAAAUGAAUGCAUAUAGAAAUAUAAACACUUCUUAAUUUAAGAAAAUGUUCUUGAUACAUUCAAGAUAAAAUAAAAAUCCUUUUGCUUCAGUAAAGUUAUCAAUCACUACAUGCCUGAGAUAUGAUAACAGAUCUUUUUAAAAAAAAAUAGAAAUUCAUACUAAGAUUCAAGUUGAUGUUUUUUUACAAAAAAUCUUGUGAGAAAUUAGUCUCUGGACAUGUUGGUUAACUGCUGCGAGAACUGUAAAUAGUACUGGACCACCUGCUGGCCCUUGGGGUUUGGCCAGAAUCUGGCACACUGAGAGAGAGGGAGAGAGAGACAGAGAGAGACCUGGAGGGUCCUGGAGGAUGUACUGACACAUUCCCAGCCAGAUCCCAACAUCUCCUCUCAGCAGCAUAUAAUAAGCUUAACUACACACCUUGCUUUGCCUAUGUCAGUGCAAAGAGGUCAAUCGCUUGGAUUAUCACACUCGACUUUGACAUCACAAUCCUCUGCAACUCUCUCUGUUUUUCGGCUCUUUUUUGAAAACAAUGUGUACCUUAGCCUCUUUGGACAUUUUGGAAAUGAUUUUUAUUUGUAUACUGCUAUUGUAGAUAAAUUGAUAAAUAAACAUUGGUCAUAUGCUUUGACUGUCAUCUCAAAUAUGGAUUAUAAUCUAUUUCAUCUUUAAAAGUGUGUUAAGGCUAGAGGGUUUAAGGGUUGGCGGUAGCUUUCGGCUCUGGGAACAAGGUUUUAUUCUUGUUACCAUUUCAAACAUUGUUCAAUGCCACGAUCUAACAACAAGGUUGCAGAUGAUGGAACAUCAGCACGACCACUACAAGAGGAGAAAGCAAUGGUGGAUUCCCUCAUCAAGGUGGUUGCAUGUUAUCGGCACCUGGCCUCUUGUGUUGGUGGAUGCACUGACAGCUCCAGCCUGCGGCGUGAUCUUCAGCAAACGCGAGAGCGGGCCCAGACACUUGCACUGUCCUGCCGAAACCACCUCACAGCCCGGCUGAGGGAUAAAACAUUACCAAAUGAUGAGAGGAAGGAAACUGAACUGCUAUGGGUGGCAUUCUCCUCAUGCCUGGAGCUCUUACAUGCAGACAUGUGCAAAGUUUUCACCAUGGUCAAGUACUUUUCCCAUGCCGGCAAGAGUACCAUGGUACAAACAGGCAUACAGGGGGGAACAACUGAAGUGGCGGCCCGGGCUAUGAGUCUGACUGACCUGCAGCAGACUAAUAAUGACACACCAACUUUCAGCAUGGAGUGUCAGGAGCAGAGUCAGCUGGAGCAGGAGAUCGCACAGGUGGACCGUACUCUGGAGGACAUGGAGCUGAAGGUCAAUGUGCUGCGCUGGACAGUGGAAGCACAGGGGCCUCAGUAUGCUGACCCUGUCAGUACCGACAGUGCCUCUUUAGCACUGCUGUCAAUCAAUGAGGAGGCAGCCGAACAAUUUUGUGAUCGUAGCCAGUUGUUUGUGGCAAUGAUGCUCUGCGGCGUGGCUGUCUUUGCCGUUUUGUUGUCGGUGUGUGUGGUGUUGCUGGCGUGAAGUGUUAUCACCUGUUUGUGCUGUGUAGACAGCUUGGAAACUGGGAAUGUUUCACAUCAGUGACUGGCCAAACAUCAACAGUACACAUGGCUGCAAAGGAGUGUCUGUGGAGUGAUUUUCUGUUACUCUCAAAAGAUCCUGUGGUUAUAAGUUUUCUGUUAGAAAUAGAGAUCAUUAUAAUUAGUUGUAUAUAAAAAAAAGUCUAUGCUAUGUCCCUAUUCAUUAGGGUUAGGUUUAGAGGUUGGGUUAGGGGAAAGAGUUUAUACAGUAUGAACUCAAUGCGUGCGUAUGUGUGUAAUGUUGUAUAUGAACACAAGUUUUGUUUAUCUAAGUAAUGAGCUCCAUUGACAGUAAACCCUUUUCAUAGGUUAUUAUGCCAUAAAUGUAGCUUCAACUGACAACUUCUAUAUAUCUAAUGUCUAUUGUACUUACAAAAAUGCUUCACCAACAGAAGAACCACACAGUGCUUUAAUAUUUAAUGCUUUAUUAUAUGCGUGUCUGUUGUGUUAGCAUUUUAUGUAUUGAUUAGGUUUAAUAACAGGAGCAUUACCAUUUUUAAUAGUCUACCGCAAAAUGUCAGUUCACUUACUUGAAACCAAUGGUAAUAUUUACUUUUACAUAAUGUCUGAUUUCAAUUAAAAUUGCAUAUAUGAAAUAUAUCAAUGUAAAAGGAUAAAUAAGUAAAAUUAUAUACAUAAAAAGGAAUAUCA